AUGCUUAGAAAGUAUGAGCCCGACUCUUCUCAUUUGCAAGAUUGGGUUAAUUUGGAGAUAGAUGAGGAUGCCUCUUACGAAGAGCAACCGGUCCAAGUAUUAGAUACCAGGGAGCAAGUGCUACGAGGUAAAACUAUAUCGUUGAAUUCUGAUGGCGAUUCAGAUGAUGAUUCUGACGACGAUUCAGACGAUGAUUCCGUUUUUCUUCAUCUUGCAAAUGGUUAUACAAAUCCCGUAGAAAUUGGAGUAUCUUCGAUCGAUCUCAACGAUGACGAAGAUACAAAAAGCAAUGAAGAAAAUGAUGAUGAGAGGAUGAGAGAGGUUAUUGAUUCAGCGAUACGGAGAGCGUUCAGAGAAGAUGAGAGUCGUCGGAAUGCUCCGUUGAUGGCCGAGACGGCGACGAGAGUGAUGGAGGGUUGGGGUCCAAGAAUUCUAUACUAG